AGGAUCGGACCAGCAUCAGUCAUCUGUUUGCAUUUCUCGGACCAACAUCGUCCGGAACAGGCCCCAUAAGACAAUCGCGAUCCGAGCCCCUCCCGUAGAACCCGUGUUCUGUGGCGACACGUGACAAGUUCUGAGUGCAGUUGAAGAAGAAGUAGGAGAAGCAGAAGAAGAAGAAGAACAAAGCACCAUGAGAGCCUUUGUACUGUUGAGCGCCUGUUUGGCCCUGGCUUCCGCUCGACCGGAAGCGGGUUACUCAUACAACCGUCCGUCGACGGGCGGAGGCUCUCACGGAGGUGGCGGCGGCGGCUACUCGUCCGGAGGACACGGAGGCGGCGGCGGUAGCGGCGGCCACGGCGGAGUCUCGUUCAGCUCCGGCGGAGGCGGCGGUGGCGGCAGCGGAUUCUCGUCCUUCGGCGGAAGCGGAUUCGGAGGUUCGUCCUCGUUCAGCUCGGCCGGUGCCAGCAGCUUCGGUGGAUCCAGCAGCUUCGGCGGUGGCGCUAGCAGCUUCGGAGGCGGAGUCAGCAGCUUCGGCGGCGGCGGCGGUGGCGGCGGAUUCGGAGGCUCCUUUGGAGGCGGCUCCCAGCAGGCCAUCAUCCAGAAGCACAUCUACGUGCACGUCCCACCACCAGAGCCAGAGGAGGUCCGCGUCCAGCGCCCACUCCAGGUAGCCCCGGCCCAGAAGCACUACAAGAUCAUCUUCAUCAAGGCUCCAUCGGCUCCGGCCUACCAAGCGCCUCAGAUCCCCAUCCAACCGCAGAACGAAGAGAAGACCCUGGUCUACGUGCUGGUUAAGAAGCCCGACGAACAGCAGGACAUCGUCAUCCCGACCCCGGCCCCAACUCAACCAAGCAAACCCGAGGUCUACUUCAUCAAGUACAAGACCCAGAAGGAGGGCGGAGCCGGAGGAUACGCCGGAAGCGUCGGAGGAAGCUUCGGUGCCGAUAUUGGUGGCUCUGUUGGCGGUCAUGAUAGCGGUUCCAGCGGCUCUGGAGCCACCGCCCCAGCCGCCCAGUACGGACCCCCCGGCAAGUCCGGCCCAUACUAAAAGAACGACCCACGAACGGACUCACCCUGAACCGAUUCCGCGGACCACGUAGCUAGUCGAAAACAAAACAAAACAAACAAAAGAAACACACGAACACAAACACAUCCAAGCGGAGUCUAGCUCACGCGCAAACACGAACACCACAUUAAGUACAUUACACACAUCACGUUGUUAUUGUUGAACGCUGUUCAUUCUUGCUGCCGAGGAGGUUCCGAUCGGACCAAUUGGAAGUUUGUCCAAUCGGAACGCCGAGGCCUCUGUUGUACAUAGGAUUUCUACACUUCACCCAGCGAAGAAAAGACAAAUUUUCUUUUAGAAUGGUAGGAAUUAAUUUUUACAACUCUCACUCUUAUUAUUAUUAUUACUAGUAAUGAUUAAUUGUAAUCUUUGUUUAAUGUUGUUCUUAGAAAAGAUAUGCAAAUUAAAACGGUGACAAAUUUUAAGAAAAAA